AGGGGCGUGGUCUGGUGUAAUUGGAAGCAAUUGGGAGUCCUGUUAGAGUGCUAUGACCUUUCACAACACUUACGUUGUCAAGCAGGAUAGCAUGGAGCACAUCUCACUCUGGGGAAUUCUUUUGCUGAGUGCUCUCACCUGCUAUGAACAAAGCCAAGAGCCGCCCAGAGCUGUUUUAACUCUGCAGCCUAAACGGACACCGACGGGGAUAUACCAAGGAGAGACCGUCACUCUCCGGUGUGACAUACAGGACGACGGAGUCACUGACUGGGAGUACUGGUGGUACAGAGGUCUCAACGGCCUCGUUUCCUCCUCUAGUCAGAAUGAAUACAGUCUCGGUCCCGUUGAACCGUCUCAUAAUGGUGUCUACAGCUGUAUGGGAGUACGGAGGAGUAACUCCCAGAGGUCCAGCAUCAGUGACCACGUCACACUAACCGUGUCAUGGAUGGUUUCUCCUCACCUGACCAUGUCUCCUUCAUGGUGGGCGAAUGCUGGAGACUCAGUAACGCUGAACUGUGAGGUUGGAGAUUCGUACACAGGCUGGAGGUUCUCCUGGUACAAGGCUGUACCCUACAGGGAAGGGUUCCCCUCUUAUCCAGACAAGGACUUCUUCCCAGAGCUGCUUCCGGACAGUGACGGAGGGGCUGGAGGCUCCUACUCUCUCAGCCUGGUUGGUCUGAGUCACAGAGAGAGAUAUGUGUGUAGAGCUGAGAGAGGAGACCCAGUCUAUUACACACACUUCAGUGAUCUCCAGUUUCUCUGGGUAGAAGGUCAGUCUCCUUCAGCCUCUCUGACUGUCAGUCCCAACAGAGUUCAGUUUUUUUACAAUGAGUCCGUCUCGCUGGGCUGUGCCGUGCAGGGGGACUCUAAUAGAUGGAGAGUGAAGAGGUACUUACGAUGGGAAGAACCCAACGUAUUGGAGUGUCCUACUGACUGGGGAUCAGUGACAGGAUCCACAUGCAUCUUCACAACUACAGAUGUCUGGUCAGACACUGGCGUGUACUGGUGCGAGUCUGAGUCGGGAGAGUACAGUAAUGCCGUCAACAUCACAGUGACCCUUAAGGGUGUGGCCCUGGAAAGCCCUGCCCUUCCUGUGACUGAGGGAGAUUCUGUGACUCUACGCUGCAGAUAUCAGGAGUCUCCAUCAAACCUCAGUGCCGAGUUUCAUAAAUGGAUGGACAAUGGCUACCUCACUAAGACUGAGCUAACAGGAGAGAUGACCAUCCCUGCAGCAACGCAGUCAGAUGAAGGAUGGUACCGGUGUAAACAACUAGACCAGGGAGAAUCACAUGGGAGCUGGAUGUCUGUGAGAGCUCCAGACCCAGUGUGGUCCAUCUCUUUGCUCAUUCUGUUGUGUAGUUUACUGGUGGUUUCUAUCUUCCUGCUGGUGACCAUUGCACUGGUGGUGAAAUGCUGUAAGGCUAAAGCAGCUCGAUCAAGAGACAAGAGAAAUGACACCACUGACCAAGUCAUCAGUAUUGAAUUACCAUGAGAGAUGGAGGGGGGCUGACCAAGUCAUCAGUAUUGAAUUACCAUGAGAGAUGGAGGGGGGCUGACCAAGUCAUCAGUAUUGAAUUACCAUGAGAGAUGAAGGGGGGCUGACCAAGUCAUCAGUAUUGAAUUACCAUGAGAGAUGGAGGGGGGCUGACCAAGUCAUCAGUAUUGAA